AUGGCUGGGAACAAGAGCCAUCGUAUUGCUGUGAUUGGCGCUGGCAUUAGCGGUGUUGUGUCUGCUGGUCAUCUCCUAGCAGCUGGUUUGGAUGUAACCGUUUUUGAGAGGAAUAAAGCCCCAGGUGGUGUUUGGCUGUAUGAUGAGCGGCGGCCACUCGAGCCAGAAUAUCCUGCCGAUAAGCCAUCAGAGGCCGAUAAAACAGGAAAAAUAUCGAAGAAUGCACGGGAAAAGGCCUUUCUCGAGCAUGCCCCUCCAGGUCCAUGCUACGAUGGACUUAGGAAUAACGUGCCCACACCUUUAAUCCGGACCAAGCUCAAUGCUUGGCCGGAAGGAACACCCGACUUUGUCAGCCAUACGGUCAUUCAGGCAUAUAUACAGGACACGGCUGAAAAGAGUGGGGUUCAUGAUGCGACUCUCUAUGGGGCGCGAGUCAAAGAUGUCUCCAAAGAUGGAGAGACCUGGUAUGUUACUUGGUCAACUCUGCGUGAGGAUGAUAAGACUGGGGCGGUAGAAGAACUAGAGCAGAUUUCGGCAUUUGAUGCGGUAGUCGUUGCUUCAGGCCAUUAUCAUGCCGCUCGUGUGCCAGAUAUCCCUGGUCUAUCGGAAGCGAAAUCAAAGUGGCCAUCGCGAAUCAUGCAUUCAAAGGGGUAUAGGAAGCCUGAUGAAUUCAAGGAGAGGAACAUUCUACUUAUUGGUGGGGGCGUAUCCUCAGUAGAUAUAUCGCGAGAGAUCGGUCCAGUUUCAAGGACCGUGUAUCAAAGCACGCGAAAUGGUGACUUUGAUUUGUCUCCGGCGAUGCUCCCGGAAAACGGCGUGCGAAUAAACGAAGUAUCACAUUUCGAGGUACAAGAUACAGGGCGAGUUGUAUCUAACGACGAGGCACUUCCCAUUGUGGCACACCUGAAGUCGGGCCAAAAGCUGUGUGGAAUCCAUGGUAUCAUUGUCUGUACCGGCUAUCACAUCACACUUCCCUUUUUGCCUAAAUACCACAAUGAUGAGAUACACCCACAGCAAGCUGACAGCCAAAUCCUGGUGUCUGAUGGGACGCAGGUGCAUAACCUGCAUAAAGACAUCUUCUACAUUCCUGACCCGACUUUGGUAUUUAUUGGGAUACCGUACUACACGGCGACGUUCACUUUGUUUGAAUUCCAGGCAAUUGCGGUGGCGGCAGUACUCUCUGGUAUCGCUUCAUUGCCAACGGAGGCCGAUAUGAGAGCUGAGUAUGAAGCAAAAGUCCAGCGGGUUGGGGCUGGGAAGAAGUUUCACUCCUUGAAGGACGUGGAGGAACUGUAUGUUGAGGAUAUUCUCGGUUGGAUCAACAGCAACAGGGCAGUUCACGGGCUAUCUCCAGUUGAAGGGCACACACCGACAUGGCGCAAGGCCAAAGAGGAACAGAGAGAAAGGAUCAGGAAUCAUUUUCAAGCUCCUCCUAUAGGAGAUAGUCGCGUCGGAGAGGUCCCAGCGCUUGAGACUAGCCCCAAGCGGAAAUGGGUCAGUUAUAUCUGGGAUACGUUUGAUAAGUCGCCCGAGGAGCGAAAAUUGCUGUUUAAAUUGGAUUCGGCGAUCCUGACUUUUGCUUCUCUUGGGUAUUUUAUUAAAUAUCUGGACCAAAUCAACAUCAAUAACGCUUUCGUAUCGGGGAUGAAAGAAGACCUCAGUUUAUACGGUAACCAACUCAAUUACAUGCAAACAUGCUGGACGGUCGGCUACGUGAUUGGUGAAAUACCAAGUAACUUGCUUCUCACACGCGUGAGACCACGAUACUGGAUUCCAGCCAUGGAGUUGCUAUGGACAAUUCUUACCUUUUCCAUGUCAAGGUGUAAUACUGCUACGCAGUUCUACGUUCUUAGGUUCUUUGUUGGCCUCGCGGAGAGUACCUUCUACCCAGGAAUGCAAUACAUCAUCGGAUCCUGGUAUCGAAAAGACGAGCUUGCGAAGCGCUCAUGUAUAUUCCACACGAGUAGUGGCAUCGCCAGCAUGUUCUCGGGAUACUUGAUGGCUGCGGUGUAUAAUCUCGAAGGAAGAGGUGGAUUCCGCGGGUGGCAAUGGCUUUUCAUCGUAGAUGGGAUUAUUUCUAUCCCCGUUGCGCUGAGCGGGUUCUUCGUGCUGCCUGAUGUCCCCGAGAUCUCAAACCCUUGGUAUCUCAGCAAGGAUGAGAUUGCAUUGUCACAGAAGAGAAUGCAAUUGGAAGGACGACAGACUCGACAGCCAUAUACGAAGGCGAAGAUGAAGAAGAUUUUCACUUCGUGGCGUAUAUAUCUCCUCACGUUGCUUUACAUAACAUUCAAUAACGGAGGAGGAGGAAGCCAGCCCAUCUUCCAACAAUUUCUGAAAUCUUCAAAGCACCCGAAAUACACCAUUACGCAGAUCAACGCAUACCCGACCACGACUAGUGCGGUUCAGGUUGUUACGACAUUGAUAUAUGCCUGGACAUCCGAUUCUAUCCUUGGCGGAAAACGCUGGCCACCGAUUAUUUUCGGCGCUACUGUCAAUAUAAUAUGCUACGUCUCUUUGGCAAUAUGGGAUAUCCCAAUAGGCUGGAAAUGGACAUGUUAUAUCCUGUGCGGUGCUGGGUUCGGAUUAAGCGGUCUUUGCAUGGCGUGGGCACAUGAGAUCUGUUCAGAGGAUAACGAGGAACGGGCCCUCGUUGUUGGAAGUAUGAAUGAAAUGGCAUACGUGUUCCAAGCCUGGUUGCCGCAGGUUGUAUGGCAGCAGGUCGAUGCACCGCAGUACCGCAAGGGUUUCAUUGCUGUGUCAGUGAUAUCGACACUUAUGAUUGCAGCGGCAAUUGCCACGAGAGAAUUGCAGUAUCGUGAGAAUGCUAAGAAGUAG